GAAGCCAUAAACUAAUUAGUGACCUCAAUGAGGAAGGGAAUAGUAUAAAACUCACAGUCCUGAACACUGUUGCACACAACACCCUGACAAGAGCUUCGAGAUGGCGUUGUUCCUUCUUCUGGCGAUGCUGACAGUGUGUGCAGCCACUCCUCAAGAUUUAUCAGGUAAAAAGUUCAUCUUCCCACAAGAAACCAGCACAGCUCAUGUGAGGUUGACUACAACGAAACAGGAUUUGAGGGCUGUUACCGUCUGUCUCAGGUCUUUUACAGACCUCCAAAGGGGCUACACCCUUUUCUCUUUGGCCACACCUUCUGCUGACAACGCCUUCCUCAUUUUCAAGAGUGAUAAAAAUGAGGUUGGCAUCUGGGUCAGGAAUCAAGGCGGGUAUUUUCGAGGACAGAACUACAAGUUGAACACAUGGCACUCACUUUGUUCCACAUGGGACUCUGCAUCUGGACUGGCGCAGCUGUGGUUAGAUGGAAAACCCUCAAACCUAAGACUCUUCAGCUCUGGAUCCAGCAUCAGCGGGCCCAUCAUAAUUGUUCUGGGACAGGACCAGGAUUCCCACGGCGGGGGGUUUGUCAUCGAGGACUCUUUCAUGGGAAUGUUGUCCAAUGUCCACAUGUGGGACUAUGUCAUUUCACCCUGCGAGAUCCAGAACUACAUGGAGGAUCUGAGCUUCGCUCCAGGGAACGUGCUCAACUGGGGGGCGCUGGAGUUCCAGGCCAUAGGAACAGUGCUGAUAGAAGAUGAACAAAAGAGCUGUAACUAAACAUUCUAAACAAAACUAUCAAUGUCUUGCAAAGUCAAAAAACUUUUUGUCAAAAACACAGAGAAGAAGAUUGUUUUUAUCUGUUUUCUUUGUAAUUCUUCUAUUUAUGUAAUUCUAUUAUAUCUCUUUUUUUUAAAAAAAUUUAUUUAUGGGUCAGGAGUUUCUCAUUGACAUGGUGUCUCUGAACUUUUGAAUUUUACAAACAUAUCAACCAGGAGUCAGAUCAUAUGCACACCUCCAAGAGGGGGAUCUUGAGCCCAGGGAGAAGGGUGUUUUUUUAGUUAAUUUGUAAGUUCAUUUGUGAAUCAUUCAAUUUCAAUUUAAUCUCACAGUGGUCUCAUUUGUGACAGCCCGCAAAACAGCAACGAUGUCUGUAGCUCACCAACUCUCCAGAUCCAGAAUGAAAUGUCAUAAGUCCUAAAAUAGUGUAAAAAAAAAAAAAAAAUUGGAUAUCAUGUAAAAACUUCACUUUGCUUUCUGAAAGAUUCAAUAAAUAAAUUCACUUGAACUUACUGAAAGGCAGAACCUUUGCUGUAAGUGGUUAUCUGAAAUGAAAUGGGACUCUGGGUAAAAUGUUUUAAAGGUUUCAUAUUCUUCCCAAGAAUCAGAUCAAGAAAAUCAAUACUAAUCUAAUAUCUGUAUGGUAAAUAAAGCUAAAGCCAGUUAGCUUAGCUUAGCACAAAGACUGUGAAUAGGGGAGCACCUUUUAAGCUCACAGUUUAAUGCGUUAAUUUGUUUUGUUUAGUCUGUACAAAUACCAAAAUGUACAAGAUUUCAAAUUCUGACCUUUCCUUUAAAAUCAAAGAAGAUAAAAGGAAUCAGUUUUUGAUACUGUUUUUUUUAAAGAAUAAAAAUACUUGAACAUCACAUUA